AUGGCGGACAACGUCUACGAACUUGAUGUGCCCGGCACGGAACAACUUGUUGAUGUGCAUCAUACACUAGAAGCAGCACACGCAGGUGCAACUAGCGACAUCGUCCUUAUACCUCAGCCAACUGGCGCUGGUGGCGACCCCUUGCGCUGGGAUCGCUGGAAGAAGUAUUACCAACUUUUCCUCCUCGCAUUGUAUGCAUGCGCGUUCUCUUUUGGCGAAAACACCCUCGGAGCUGCUUGGACGACAGUCUCUGAGGACACUGGGGUCAGUCUCACCAACAUGAAUGGUGGAAGUGCUCUCAAUUAUCUCCUGUUGGGGUUUGUGAAUAUAUUUUGGAUACCCUUGGCUAUGAAAGUCGGUCGACGGCCGGUCUUCCUGGCUACUACGGCCAUCUGUAUGGUUGCUGGUGUCUGGCUUGGGAAAUUCAAUGGAACGGCAUCGUGGAUGUUGGCUAUGGUGGUCAACGGAGUCGGCACCUCUGCCUACCAAGCCGUCAUCCAGUUGAGUGUCUUUGACAUGUUCUUUGUCCACCAGCGAGGGCGGAUGUUGUCGGUGUACCUCUUUGGCCAGCAAUUGGGCAGCAUUCUCGGGCUCAUCAGCGGUGGUAGCAUUGCGGAUGGUCCGGGUUGGCGAUGGUCCCAGUACAUUGUCGCCAUCAUCGAUGCCAGCGUUCUCAUCCUCCUACUCCUGACUUUUGAGGAAACCAUGUUCCCUCGUUUCUUGUUCGGCAAGGUCGUUGGCGUUGCCCCCGUCACCCAGUCCGUGGUAUUCACACAGGCCUCCGACAGCAAGGCUCCUGGUGAUACCUUGACCCAGAGCCAAAGCCCAAGCGAGAUCGAACAGGACACGGCAUUGGAGGCACAGUUCCCCAAGCGAACCUACUUGGAGAAGCUGAAGCUCUGGGUCUACUACCCGCAAGAUCGGACCACGUACUGGCAAUACUUCCGGAGACCUUUCGUGCUGUUCACCUUUCCCAAUGUGGUCAUUGCGGGUAUUAUCUUUGCCUUUGGAUGCACCGCCGGCAUCGUCAGUUUCAAUACCAUCUCCGAGAUCAUGACGGAUCCACCUUACAACUGGUCGACGACUUCGACGGGCUUGAUCUUCUUUGCCGCCCUGGUCGGUAACUUUGUCGGCUGGGCCACGGGCGUUCUCGGCGACCACGUUGUGAUUUUCUUCGCACGACGCAAUUCGGGCGUGAAGGAGCCCGAAAUGAGAUUGUGGACCCUCUGUUUAUCCUUCGUCUACGCCGCCGUUGGGUAUCAACUAUAUGGUUGGGGAGCCGAGUUCGGACUGCACUGGAUGACCGUCGCCUUUGGAGUGGGCUGCAUGAUCGCUCACCAAGUCUCUGCCUGUUCGAUUGCGACGGCGUACGCCAUGGAAUGUUUCCCAGGGAUAGCCGGAGAACUCGUCGUGGUGUUGGCCAUCUGUUCAUCCUGCAUCAACUUUGCCAUUUCCUACUCGGUCCAGCCUUUCAUCAUCGCGGCAGGAUACGGGUAUACAUUCCUUUUCUUCGGCUUGUGCGUCUUGGCCUCGAUGGUCGCGGCUGUGCCCACCUAUAUUUACGGGAAGAGAUGGCGACGGAGGAGAGCUCCGCGCUGGCGAAAGUGGUUGGCCGAGAGGGAUGCGUGA